UGAAAAAUACUACAACUGCUACUACACUCUCUACUGCAUGCUAUGAUCAUCGAUUGUCUAUAAAGAAGGCUAAGACAUCCAUAUGCAGACCAGCUUGAACACUGAAACAUCAUCCGGUGUUGGAGUGUUGGGUUUUUGAAGAAGUAGAUGGGGAAUUUUGCUCUCCCUAAUCUCUUAGUUCUCCUUCUGAACUUGGGUACUUUGCUUGCUUCUCUUGCUUUACCCUACUGUCCUCCUCCAGAGUACCCACCAAAAUUCCCACCCAAACACCCUCCCCACGUAAAGCCACCCUUCCCACCAAAGUAUCCCCCCUAUGUUAAGCCACCACACCCACCCAAGCCGCCUGUAAAACCACCCCAGCCGCCACAUUUCAAGCCUCCACAGCCUCCCAAGCCUCCUGUAAAACCACCCCAUCCGCCACAUGGCAAGCCACCACAUCCACCCAAGCCACCUGGUGUAAAGCCACCAUAUACACCAAAACCUCCAGUUACACCCAAGCCUCCUGUCUAUCCCCCCUACGUACCCAAACCGCCGGUAAAACCACCGCAGCCGCCGCACGUUAAGCCCCCACAUCCACCCAAGCCACCUGCGGUAAAGCCACCAUAUACACCAAAACCUCCAGUUACACCCAAGCCUCCUGUCUAUCCCCCCUACGUACCCAAACCGCCGGUAAAACCACCGCAGCCGCCGCACGUUAAGCCCCCACUUCCACCCAAGCCUCCUGUAAAACCACCCCAUCCACCACAUGUCAAGCCACCACAUCCCCCAAAGCCACCUGCGGUAAAGCCACCAUACAUACCAAAACCUCCAGUUACACCCAAGCCUCCUGUCUAUCCCCCCUACGUACCCAAACCACCGGUAAAACCACCACAUCCGCCGCACGUUAAGCCCCCACAUCCACCCAAGCAUCCUGUAAAGCCACCCCACCCGCCGUAUGUUAAGCCGCCGCAUCCACCCAAGCCACCUGCUGUAAAGCCACCCUAUAUUCCAAAGCCGCCAGUUACCCCCAAGCCUCCUGUCAAUCCUCCAUAUGUACCCAAGCCUCCUGUCAAUCCUCCAUAUGUACCCAAGCCUCCUGUCUAUCCUCCAUAUGUACCCAGUCCUCCUGUCUAUCCCCCCUAUGUACCCAGGCCUCCUGUCUAUCCUCCAUAUGUACCCAGGCCUCCGAUCUAUCCGCCGGUCGUGCCCAAGCCUCCCAUUGUUUAUCCACCACCUUAUGUGCCCCAACCCCCGCCGCCGGUUGUGACUCCUCCUGUUAUUCCCAGUCCUCCCAUCGUAUAUCCACCAGUGCCAGUAGUGCCAAAGCCACCGCCGCCGCCGCCGCCAGUUGUGACUCCUGUUAUUCCCAGUCCUCCCGUUGUAUACCCACCAGUACCAGUAGUGCCAAGGCCACCACCGUUGCGGCCACCAGUUCCAGUGGUGCCACAGCCGCCGCCACCAGUGGUUCCCGUGCCUCCAGUUGUUCCUAACCCUCCUCCGACCGAGACGCCAUGUCCUCCUCCCCCACCUCCACCGGCACAAGGCACAUGCCCCGUUGACACUCUAAAGCUGGGAGCAUGCGUAGACGUGUUAGGCGGCCUUGUGCACAUAGGGAUUGGCAGUAGUGCUAAGGACACAUGUUGUCCAGUGCUGCAAGGUCUGUUGGAUUUGGAUGCCGCUGUCUGCCUUUGCACCACCAUUAAGGCUAAGCUUCUAAAUAUCAGUAUCAUCAUUCCUAUUGCUCUUGAGGUCCUCAUUGAUUGUGGCAAGACUCCACCUUCAGGGUUCAAAUGUACCGCCUAAGUCAUGUUUUGUUCAAUGUUUGCAGAAUGCGGUAUUGCAUGUGUGAUCACUUCGGAAGAAAAUAACGAGAGAUGAAGUUCUUUUUACAGAACUUGUGUUAAUGUUUCGUUCAUCGCAUGGUGUAUCAAAUGAUUCAAAUCGAUACGCUGUGGGUACAAUAUCCAUGUUUUAGAUUAAUAAUGUUCAUGUAUUGUGUUUUCCCCCCCUGCAUUUUACAUGCCCCAAAAAAAAUGUUGUAUUUAGUUUUAUACGCUUCUGCAGUUUUUGAAUGAGAACUUCAAUUUCGUAAA